AUGGUAAAACGAGAACCCCAAGAAUCUACAUCUAAUUUACAAAAGUCAACGGCUAAUAGCCCCUCUACAAUGUCGAAUACUCCUUCUCUGAGUGGUAUAAAUAGUAAUAACAAUACUACUAGUACUACCACCACAUCCACAUCUACAUCCACAUCGAAACUUUUGAAGAAUGAAAACAAAAGAAGAAGAGUCACAAGAGCUUGUGAUACUUGUCGACAAAAAAAAGUAAAAUGUGAUGGUAAGCAACCAUGUAUUCAUUGUACAGUAUAUUCAUAUAAAUGUACUUAUGAUCAACCAAAUAUUAGAAACAAAAAGAAUUCUGGUAUUCCUGUACCCUCACAACCAAGUCCAGCAAUUCUACAAGUAGCUGCUCAAGCUGCUGCUGCUUUUGGUACUAAUUCUAAUCACAAUAGUCCUGAUAAUGGUCAGAAUAUUCAACAUCCUGAUGGUCAAUUCCAUCAACAUCUGCCAUUAAACGAAUCGUUCCCAAAAACAAAUCUAAUCAUUUUCCAACAAAUUAUAAAUGCAUUGUUUCCAAAACUACAAUUGAAUGGAUUUGAUCCUAAUUUACAACUAGAUUUAAACAAAUUUCAAAAAGCCGUACAAUAUAUCACCACUAAAUCACCUACUUUUGCUUUGAAUUUAAAUGAAAUUUCUGAUUUAAUGCAAGAUCCAAAUGCUGUGAUACCUCCAAAGAGAACUUUAUCUGUUGGUUCAUUUGAAGAUACUGGUAGUACAUCAAUGUCUUCUCCUCGUGAAGUUGGAUUGUACUUACCAACUAAAGAAGUUGCUCUUAAAUUAAUCUAUACCACAUGGAACAAAGCUUGUGUGUUGUUUCGAUUUUAUCAUCGUCCUUCUUUAUUAGAGGAAGUUGAUUUGUUGUAUUCUUUAGAUCCAUCAAAUUAUGGUGAUCGACAACAGAAAUUCUUACCCUUUUUGUACUGUAUCUUGGCAUGUGGGUCUUUAUUUAGUAAAACUCCAUAUGGGGAUCCUGAAGAAGAUAAAAGUUUAGAAGAUGAUGGAUUCAAAUAUUUUUUGGAAGCCAGAAAGUUAAUCGAUAUAAGUAAUGUCGGAGAUAUAAAUUCCAUUCAAACUAUAGUCAUGAUGAUUAUUUAUCUACAAUGUUCAGCAAGACUAUCUACAUGUUAUUCCUAUAUUGGUAUUGCCUUGAGAAGUGCCUUGAAGGAAGGCUUGCACAGAAAUUUAACCAUUUUCCAAAAUUCCAAGAGAAAAUUGGACCCAAUUGAAGAAGAUACUAGAAAAAGAUUGUUUUAUACUAUUUAUAAAAUGGAUAUUUAUAUCAAUUCAUUAUUGGGAUUGCCAAGAUCAUUGAAUGAAGAUGAAUUUGAUCAGGAGUUGCCUGCAGAAUUGGAUGAUGAAAAUGUCACCCGAGAUGAAUAUUUGUAUGAUAAACAAGAAGGUAGAUUAAGUUCUUCUGGUUGUGCUAAUCAACAUACUAAAUUGAUGAUGAUUUUGUCUCAUAUAAUCAGAAAAAUGUAUCCAAUUAAAGUUAAGGAAGAUGAUUCUGAAGAAUUUCAAUCCAGUUCAAGUGUUCAUUAUUCACGUGAUAGAAUCCAUGCUAAAGUUACAGAUUUAGAAGUUGAGUUGAAGAAUUGGUUGGAUAAUUUACCACAAGAAUUGAAACCAAUUGAUCCAAAUAGCCCUGCUUCAAGUGAUGGAAUGGAUAAAGUUCCAGAGAAAUUCCGUUUGGCAAAUUAUUAUCUUCAUUUAGCAUUUUUGAAUUGUCAAAUUAUCUUGUAUCGUCCAUUCAUUCAUUUUAUUAGUGAUAGUAUGGAUGCUUCGGCAUCAGAUCCACGUUCCUUAAUUAGAGGUAGAAAUUGUAUUAAAGUGGCCAGAAUGGUUGUCAAAUUGGCCAAUAAAAUGAUUGAUCAAAAAUUAUUAUUGGGAACUUAUUGGUUUUCUAUGUAUACUAUAUUUUUCAGUAUUGCAUGUUUGAUUUAUUAUUUCCACUUUGCUAAUUAUAACAAUAAUGGUAAAGGUUAUAAUUAUGCUGGGAUUUUAUUUGAUGAUGAUUUGAAUAUUGAUAUGAUUAAGAAAGAUAUUGAAAUUGGGAAGAAAGUUUUGGAUAGCUUGAAAAAUUCUUCUAAUAGUUCAUUAAGAAUUUAUAAUAUUUUAAACACUAUGUUUGAACAAUUGAAUAGAAGAACAGCUACCAGAUCAAGACAAACUUCAGGUUCUUCAACCACUUCAGCUGUUAGUAGUACUAGUAGUGAUGGUACUGUUGCACAAACAGAGCAAGUGCCAAUUCCUCCAACAUUUCAAAGUCAAAAUGUUCAAACUACAUUUAAGAAUUUUGAUAAUAUGAAUCAAUAUGCCAAAAAGAAUCAACAAGAUCAAGAACAGUAUAGUAAUGUUAAGAAGGAAAGUUUAGGUGAAUUGUUUGAUUCAACAUCAUUGGCCAAAUUUCAAUCAAGUACCGAUUUACCAAAAAAUGUAGCCAAUUUACAACGAAUGGCAACGCCAAAAGAAGAAGAGAAUAAAGAGAUUGGAGAAGUUGCAGGAGGUAAUUUAACAUCAGAUUAUAUGCCUGGAGUAUUUGAUAAAUUGGAUGCACAAAUUUUUGGUAAAAUAUUACCACCUUAUAUGUUGGAAAAAAAUGAAAGUUUACGAAGAAACAUGAUGAAUAAUAAUAAUAAUAAUAAUAAUAAUAAUAAUCAAGCAUUAGGUGGACAAAUCUUACCAAACCAAGGUCAUCUGCAACAGCAACAACGACAACAAUUACAUCAACCACAAAUGCCUCAACCACAGCAUCCUGGAAUUAACAAUUUACCACCUGGAGGUGGGAGCAAUUGGCCAAUUGUGAAUGGAGAAGAUGGAUUAAAUUUAGAAGCACUUUUUGGAAGUUUAGGAGGUAAUGUAUCAAAUCAAGGAGAUUCAAAUGGUUUAGAAUAUUUGGACCCUUUUUAG